UUAUACCUUUUUUAAUAUUAUUUCAUAACUUGUCAUUAUUUUUUUAAAAAUGACAGACUAGAAAAAUGCCUUACAAACAAAGUUUCAGACUCUGAUCAUGUAUUAUACGACAUAAGCAAUAUUAAAUGCGUCGUAUAGGUGGUGUACGACAAUCAUAUAUGUUGUAAACAAAAGUCAGCUGUUUUUCGUAGCUUAUUUGCAAACGCAGUUCUCAGGCUGAAUAACAAUGUUUAUACUAAGUACCAGGUCGAUAAUAAAGCCGAAAAACUUUGCUUUUUCAAGCCAGUUCUAUCGUAGUUUGCAAUACAAUCAGGGUCAAUCUCCGGAGCCAAAAAUACGCGAAUACUUCUACUACAUUGAUCAUGAGGGAAUGCUCUUUCUCGACGAUGCCAAAAUGAAAAACUUUACCAGCUGCUUCAAAGAGAAAGAUUUCCUGAGGUUCUUUUUCAGUCGCCUGCGACUGAACAAAACGAAUAGAUAUGAAAAAGAAUUUCCGUACAUUUCCCUCUGUGGACGCGAAAGGAAUUUCAUACGGUGCGACGACACGCCUCUGGUGUUCACUGAGCAGCUAAGGAAGGACGACAAGGAGGUGCUCAGCUAUGCGCACUCGGGACAGGUCCUAACCCUGCCUUAUGAACCGCACAAGCUCUACAUGGAUCCCCGAAACGGAAGGGUCUAUCAUCCAGCGACACCACAGGUGGGCGGAAUAGGACUUGUCCGUUCCAAACUGGCCAUAGAACUCAGUCAGCACUUCGAGUUCCCCACUGGAGAAGCUUCCCCCACACAUUUUCGAUGGAACGGAGAGCGAUUGAAGCUACAGAACGAGUGGGUUAGCGAUACUCAGCGAUUUCCCAUGAACGAGGAGUGUAUAUAAUCGAGUAACUUUAAUGGAUUAAAAUUGAGACAACGUUA